CUUGGCUGUGCUUACUGACCUCCGACCAGGAGCGUCGUUGGAACGCGUAAGCUCUCCUUCUUCCUUUAUAAAUAACAGCCACCACUACAGCAUCUCUAUUCUUUACUGCCACUAUCCACUAUCUUCUCAUGGCUGAAGACGCACAAUUGCUUGCUAUUGGAAAGCAGUGUUCUCAUUCUUCUUGCUUCCUUGUCGACUUCCUGCCCUUCAAAUGCCAGCAUUGCGAACUGCCAUACUGCCAGGAGCAUUUCCUCGCGAAGGCUCACCACUGUCUCAAAUAUGACGAGACUAAACACAACCGCGUGGCUCCAAAUUGUCCUCUUUGCAACGAGCCUGUAGCGAUACCCCCAGGGCAGGAUCCCAAUGUCAAGAUGGAGUCCCAUCUUACUACAGAAUGCAGUGCCACGACAGGAAGAGCCAAGACGAAGUCCUUACCUGUCUGCCAAAGAGUCAAGUGUGGCAAAACAUUGUACUCACCUAUUCGCUGCGACAAAUGUCGUAAACAAUUUUGCCCGUCUCAUCGCUUCCCAAGUGACCACAGUUGUUCUCCAACACCAGUGACUGGCGCAAGUCGGCUUCUCAACCUGAAUACCAAUUCUAUAACUGUUAACGCCAAAUCGCUUAAUGCAAAGGCAUCUGCUGUCGGUGCGGCUACUGUAGAUGCAGUAAAGAAGAGCAUACCAUCAUCUUCUUCGGAAGCUUCAAGUCAGAGGGGAGCAUCAUCGGCCUCUACCUCUUCCAAACCUACAUCGUCCCUUACGAAAGCAUUUUCGAAAACUGACCGACGUGCGAAGGCCGAGAGAGAGAGCCGGAGAAAAGCUCUGCGAGCUCGUGAACAGAAGGGGCUAUUGUCGGCGGAGGAGAAGGCUGUGUUAGCGGCGGAGGAGGAUCAAGCUGCUCGUGAGAAGAAGGACGAUUGCCUCAUCAUGUAGCUCAAGUAGUACAUAUCGUAAACUCUGGAUCUCUCGAAGCUAUUCUACGUGAUUCAACUUUUUUUCUCGAGAAUUUUGUGUCCUUGCUCGGACGUGAAGGUGAUGUCCGGCCCGGGGGCCUAGACUUGCAAAGCG